CGUAAGAGACACGGUUUCACACGCUUAAAACCCCUUUUCAGUUUUCUCUCUCUCUCAUGGCCGAUUGGAAAUGAAAUUGGGAACUAGGGCAAGGAAUCGACCUCGAUUUCUGGCGGAGAAGAUGUAAUCCAACGGGGAUUGUCUCCCUUUGCAAGCAAUUUGAAGCGUACAGUUCGGAAAGUUUUCAACUUGAUUUUUUUUUUCCUAGGGUUUUCUGUUUGUGAAAUGAAAGGGUCGUCGUCGGAUCGGACGAAGGUGGUGCUGCGGCACUUGCCGCCGGCGAUUUCGCAGGCCACGCUCAUGGACCAGAUCGACGCCGCCUUCGCCGGUCGCUACCACUGGGUCGCUUUCCGUCCAGGGAAAUCAAGCCUGAAGCAUCAAUCUUAUUCUAGAGCCUAUAUUGACUUCAAGAAACCUGAGGAUGUUAUUGAGUUCGCCGAGUUUUUCGAUGGGCAUUUGUUUGUUAAUGAGAAGGGCACUCAGUUUAAAACUAUUGUUGAGUAUGCUCCUUCUCAACGCGUUCCAAAGCAGUGGUCUAAAAAAGACAGCCGUGAAGGAAGCAUAUUAAAAGAUCCCGAGUAUCUGGAGUUUCUUGAAUAUCUUGCGAAGCCUGUCGAAAAUCUUCCCAGCGCAGAGAUACAAUUGGAGAGAAGAGAAGCAGAUCGAAUGGGUGCUGCCAAAGAUGCUCCCAUAGUUACACCAUUAAUGGACUUUGUACGUCAGAAAAGAGCUGCUAAGGGUGGUUCUCGGCGAUCUUUGUCUAAUGGGAAACUGAGCAGAAGAAUUGCUGGAUCAUCAACUGGAAGUCCUAGUUCAGCCUCGUCUAAACGAGGUUCUGAGAGGAGAAGGAUUUCCUCCACAAUGUAUGUUUUAAGGGACGGUGCAAAGAACAUGAGUGCCAAAGACAAGUCAACAUACAUUCUGGUUCCAAAGCGAGAUGAUGAGCAGCUUUCUGACAAGUCUGUUACUUUGGCUCCUGCAACUGGGACUGAAGUACUGGAAGAGGAAAGUGGAGUUUCUGGAACUAAUGAAUCUGGGAAAAAGAAAAUCCUGCUUCUGAAAGGGAAAGAGAGGGAGAUUUCUCAUGUGUCUGGCACCUUGUCACAGCAGCAGGGUAUAACAUCAUCGGUUAGAAAUAUUAUUGGUUCAGGUGCUCUCAAGCAGAACCAGCAACGCCAAGGUAGUGGAAGGAUCGUCAAAAGAAUACUUUUAAACAAGGAUUCACGUCAAAAUCAAUCUUUUGUGGGCCAGUCUGAGCAUCAAGUCCAGACUUCAAAUUUAGAAAAGGACAAGCGACCUCCUCGACCCUCACAUGGACAAUUGGUUUCUAAGGAUACAAAUCCAGCUCCAGAUGAUAAGGUGGUUGGUAAUGACUUGCACGGUUUCUGUAGUGAGAAGCAGGAGAAACGUUCAAGGAAUAAGGAUAAGCCGGAUCGUGGUAUAUGGACAUCUCUUCGACGGUCAGAUGGAUCCCAUGCUAGUGACGAGUCUUUGUCAUCCUCUGCUUCUCAACCGAUACUGUCACUUGAAGAUUCUACGGAAGGAUGUCAUGGGGAUAUGAAAGUUGACAUGGCAAAUGCUAAGAGUGGGGAAGUUAAAAACCUUGGAACUGGACGUACUGGUCAUUCUUCUUUAGAUAAUGGUUCCCAUAAGCAUUUUGGUCGCCGUGGGCCAACACAUGGUGUGAAGGAUGUUGAUGGCUCAUCAGUUAUAAGCGAGGGGAAGCAUUCGAGGAGAGGCGCUGGCUAUAAUUCCCAUGAGAAGCAAGUUUGGGUUCAAAAAUCAGGUUCUGGUCCGUAAUUUUAUUGGAAAGUUUAAUGCUUGGUUGGUGUCAUACAAUUUUGGAGCCUGCAUUUGCUAGUGGCUGGGGGCUGCCCCUUUUUACUAGACAGAUGAUCAGGUGUAAAUAAAGUCUCAGUAUCAGCAAUGGUUCUUUUUGGAAAAGCCCUAGAGCAAAGUAGAGUUAUCUGAAUGAUGCCGAUACCGAUGUAAGUAAAUACUUGGAUGGCUGAAAAAAUCCGGAUUUUACUCGGACAAAGACGGCUCGGAGUAGGAGGAGAAAAGAAAGCAAAUAGAUGUCAUUGUUAUAAUUGUUUUGUUACACAGUUUUUCAUCUGGGUGCUCCUCUUUGGGGCUCUGCUUGUCAUCGAAGCUAUGGAAGUCCUCACUGUUGCUUUUGACUAGACUAGAUAUCACGGUAUUGUGGUUUUAUGGAGAUGUAAAUAUAAUCUCAGAGCGAUCUUUAUUGUCCGCUUGCUUAUAUCCCUAUCCAUGAAAGCAUCCUAAUGUGUUUUGAGACUUUUCUUCCUUUGCUGUGACUGCCAUUUGAUUUUGCAGCAGUUAAGCAUAUACAGCAAUAAUACAGUACGACUUGCGGAAGUUUCAACAUUCAUAA